AAAACAUGGUGACGUACGCUUUUCCACUGUUGAAACCUUCCUACUAACAUCUGAGUUGUGACUAUAAUCACGCUACUGUGUAACCUCAGAAAACUGGUGACGUGUGCUCUAGCUGUGAAAGCGACAACAACCCAUGAUUCUAAAAAUGUCCGCCAAGCUAAGCCUGUGCGUAUUGUUGCUGGUACCGUUGCUAUGCCGAGCAAAGCAAGGAGGAAUGCCACUUUCUCCUGGUGUGGCAACUCAGCAUUGCGGGGCUUGUGGUGGAUACUGUGCCGAAGAAUGCAAGCAUUUUACACCCUCGACCGAGUGCGCAUGUCCGGAGCCAAAUAUGACUUGUUGCAAUGGUGAUGGAUUUGGUGGGAACUUGUGUAAAGAAGAAUGCGGUGGAAAAUGUCAGAUUGCAGGAUGUGGAAGAAACGAGGUGAAAUCGUCCAAAAUUGAAUGCAAUGUCGACUGUAGAAAACAACCUAUCGCAGAUGUCGAUGUCAUGUGUUGCGUGCCCACGACUGACUACGAAGAUUUGUAGCUGCCAGUUACGGAAAAGUUAUUUUAACUUUUCAAGAUGAACGUCAUAUAAACAUUUGAUUCUAUUUCUGUUGGAAAAAACACUUCAAUCGAUGAUGCUGUUACAUGAUAUUUGACAUGCUGAGUUUAAUUUGGUGCAUGAAAUUACAAUAUGGGUUCAGUGGUGAUACUAGUUAUGUUUCUUAUAUAUAUUCUGGAUAUAAUGUAGUUUCAUCCAUCUACAUGGCUCCUCUCACGCAUUAAAUAAAACUUCGAUAGUUUGCGACGAUUUGAUCCAACGACUGAGCGAAAUCAGAAACCAAA